UGUCAUCUCUAAUCACACGUGCUGUUUAUGUUAUUGUUAAAAACUAACAACAAAAUAUUGACGUUUUGAUAGUGUUUUGAUGGUAAAAAUAUUUUCAUCAUUAUAAUAAAUAUUGACAAUCUAUAGUUAUGAAAACAACUGAAAAUAAUUCACAAUCAUCAACCGCCAUAGCUCUUGAUGUAGGUGAUGAUAAUCUUGAUAUUGUAGAGAAAAGUGAGGAUUGUGAAGAUGAUGAUUCUUGUAGUCCGCAGGAAUUGGAGAAAUUAUUCAAACAUAAAUACAAGAUACAUGAUGAACAAAGCGUGACAAAUAGCGAUAAUUAUAUAUUACACUUGGCAAAGGAUGACUCUCUUUUCUGUAUUGUAGCUGGCCUGUCAGAUGGAUCAGUUUGUUUGUUUGAGGUAAAUUCCGAAAAAGGACUAUUUAUUCAACCGCCACCAUCGAAUAAACCCAUAUCCGGCCCCCCUUUGUGCGGAAUACGUUUCAUGGACGAAACGCCAAAUUUAUUACUUAUUGGUUACAGUCGUGGUUUCGUACGUCUAUUAGAUUUACGAACGCCCAUUGAAGUUGCACGUUUUGAGAAUAUUACUACACAUAAAUCACAUCCAAAGGAAAUUCUAUGUUUCGAUCGUAAUUCAAAUAGCAGCUUACUGUGUAUGGGAACUGAAAAGCACGGCAAUAAAGUAAAUUUAUUAUGUUAUGAUAUACGCUCAUCUAAAGAAUUAUUUAGAUUUUGGGAAUGUCACGACGACGAUGUGACAGCUCUACGUUUUAAUUCAGUUAAUCCAUAUCUAUUGUGUUCGGGUUCUGCUGAUUGCUUAAUUAAUAUUUAUGACGUUAAAAUAAAAUGUGAAGAAAAUACUAUUUUGAACACAAUUAAUACUGAGGACGCAGUACAAAAGAUUGACUGGCACAUAAAUUCCAAAGGUGAAAAUAUCAUAUCCUGUAUAACACCUACGAACUCUUUUAAAUGCUACAAUUUUUAUGGCGACAUAAUAGCGGAUUUUGAUCGAACAAAAAUUACGAAAACAAUUAAACGUAAAAACGAAUUUAAUUGUAAUUUAAUAAGUUGUCACAAUACGACCAACAAUGAUAUGAUUCUGAUAACUGGAUCCCAUUUAAACGAAGGUUCAACUUUACGCUCUUGCCUGGUACAAAAGAAUGAAUUAACUCCCUAUGUGAAUUUUGAAGGCAAUAAACAAGUUGUUCGUGAUAGUAUAUUUGAUUCCAAGACAAACAUUUUAAUAACUGGUGGCGAAAGUGGUACUGUAACAUUAUGGACUCCACAAUCGUGGAAUUCAUCAGCAACAAGCACAAGUAGUACUUCUUCAGUAGAUUUAAAAAUGAAAACAAAGAACGUAAAUAGAUUUACUCCUUAUUAGAUACAAAUAACUCAUAAAUAAAUAAAUAAAUAAAUAAAUAAAUAUGAACGACCUUAAUUUGAAAUGUAAAUAUCUGAAAUGUAAGAAACUUUGGAAAAAUAAAUUUACUUUUUUUCAAAACUA